UAAAGCAUGUGCAGCUUACUGCAUGUAACUUAGGUUGGAGUAUUUAAAUGAUAGCCUUUGGUCCUUUGCAUUUGAUCUUUCACUAUAGCAUGCCACUUUUGGUAGUUUACGAAGAGCUUUUGCUGCUGCACUAGAUUGUAACUUUUUUCUUGAAAUGAUGAGAUUUUAGACUUUUGUUACAGAUCUUGAGUGAAUAUGCUGCAUAGUCUUGAAACAUGUUGAAUUAAAUAAGAGAAUUAGUAUAACUACAAUUGAGAUCUUUAUAAGAUUGAUUUCAAGGCAUUAUGUGAUACCAUGAGCAUAUACAUAUGGAAGCCUUCUUCCCAUUCCUGCCUCUACAGCUUCUAAAACUUCAAUGAUACAAUUUUUUACCUCUUCAAUAAAUAACUAAAAACAAAUUAAUGGCAUCUGUUUAUGCCUGGGACUGAGGACUGUUUCUUAAGGGCUCGGAAGUCAAUAAUAAAAGAGAAUUGUGGAACUGUGAACCUGUUUCCUGUGGACCACAAAAACCAUGCCAUGCUUGCUGUCCUAGAGAUGCAAUUUCCUGAUGAGGGAAGCUUAAUUUUAUGUUCAUCUAGUCUUAUAUUUCAUCAGCUUCCUGAAUUUGACCAAGGAAAAAGAAGCUGCCGUAGGCGCCUAGCUGGACACAAUGAGCGUCGAAGAAAGCCACCACCUGGCUCCUUAUUUCCCUCUCGCUAUGGCAGGCUCUCUUCAUCUUUCAGUGAUAACAGCAGCAGAAGUGGAGGCUUUAUGGUUGAUUUCACAGCCUACCCAAGGCAUUCUGGGAGGGAUGCAUGGCCAACGGCAAGAGCACCUGAGCUGGUACGUGGUAAUCACAACACUACUGCAGGAAGGCCUAUUCCAAAUCCAUGGCAGGGCAGCUCUGAGAAUCCAACAUCUGAACUUUUCCUGCAAGGUUCAGCAGGUGGGACUGGCUUCUCCAGUCCUGGAAUUUCUCCAGGAGAAUGCUUCACAGCAGUAGCUGACUCAAGCUGUGCUCUCUCUCUUCUGUCAAAUCAAACAUGGGGCUCCAGAAACCAAACCUCUGGGCUUGUUGUGAACGACUUCAUGAAUGCUGAAGGUGUUUCUGUUGCUCAACCAGCACCGCCUCAUGGUGGUGCAGCUCUUAAUAACUUUCCCAAUACCUCCUGGGGUUUCAAGGGCAAUGAUGCUGGUAGCAGCUCACAUGAGAUGGUCCCCAACCUAUGUUUGGGACAAAUGUCUCAGCCGAUUGGUAACCAGUACCCUGCUGGGCCUGAGUUGUCUCAGCAAAGCCGGAGGCACUACAUAGAACUUGAGUACUCAAGGGCUUAUGAUUCCUCAACCGAGCACGCCCACUGGUCCCUUUAAACAAUAUGCCUCUCUGUUGCACAUAUUGUUACCUUGGUGGCUUGUUUAGGGCGUGUGAUUUUAUAUUUUGUAUGGAUGAGCACUUGACUCAUGCUUCCUUGGCUUCGGUUAGUAUUUGAAAAUAAAUGAUUAGGUGUUAACCUAAUUAAACCUGCUGUAACUGACUACUGCUGCCUGGCUUUGGGCAUGCCUUUCAACUUUUGAAUGUAAUGUUGCAAACAGGUUGUAAAUUAAGUUUAUGGUGGUUG